GAUAAUGGAUGGAUGGAUGUUUAUCACCUCAACUUCUAUUACAUUUGAGUCGCAGAGCUAAAUUUAGCAUUACUUUUUUUUAAAAAACAGAAAUGUCCAGCAACCCAGAAGGUUAUUUAACAACAGCUUGCAUUCUUCUGAAGGAAAACCGUCACACUUCAAAUCUUAUCCAACUGUCCUGAUGAAAAAAACAGUUCAUCUGUUGCACAAUUAAAAAGAAGCUUUAAUAGCUACAUUGAAACUAUAUAUAUUUCUGUACUGGUAGCUAGAAAUAACACAGCUUAUCUUUUUUUUUUUUUGGAAAAUGCAAAACAGAACACAGUAGCAUUAAUGUUGAACAACUGAAAAUAAUGCAUUUUGUUUGUCUUUAUUGUAAUGCCACACAACUUAGGAAAAAGGAUAUGUCUUUUUCAGCAACCGUCUUUGUUUGGAUUCAGAAAACCUUAAAGUCUGAGUUAAGAAGCUUUUUUUUUUUACUACACAACAAAUGGUAUAUUUGUUCAUCCAGAUGGUUCGAGCAGCAUUUGUGGCUCACAGAAAUGCCUUAAGGACUGCUGUAGUCGUUCUUCUGGGUUUCUCAAAGGUCACCUCUUAUUUUUCUAAAUGUUUGACGCUUGUCGCUGUUACUCAAAUAUAAAGGUAAUGCAUGAGCGGAACCAACUCUGGGUCUAAUUCGAAAAUAUUAGUUUUAGAAAAGAAAAAAUUAAACAAUUGGGGGGGGAAAGCUAAUUCUGUUAUCUUUUGCUUUCUCGACUGUUUUAUUUCAGCUAAGUUUGACCCACCAGAGAUCCUGCAAAUUCAAGUGAUGCCUAAAAGAUAUGGCUGCCUGAGGCUGAGGUGGAGCUUAUCCCCGAACCAGCUCUGGAUGCGUAACAAGCAUAUGAAUCUGGAAGUCCGUCUCAGGACUGCUGACAGCAACCAAUGGGGAGAAUUGACAGUCUUUGCGAGCCGCCUCAAACCAUCGAAACCUUUGGACCAGUGUCGUCUCCGUCACUGGACCCGGUACUUUGCCCAGAUUAGAGUCAGAUACGAGCAGAGCCCCUGGAGUGAAUGGAGCCGCAGCCAGUCUGGAGUCACCUUGGAGAGCGCUCCCACUGGACGCCAAGACUCGUGGAUGAAAGUAUCAGGGGAUCACAUGCCCAAACAACUCAACAUACACUUGUUUUGGAAGCCAUCAAAACAAUUCCGUGCCAACGGCCAAAACGUGUCAUAUAUCGUCUCGGUGCAAAAACUGCCAGGUGAAAAAGGAAAGGUGUGCUCUACAAGGGAGAAUCAUUGUGCUUUUCAGCUUCCUGGGAAAAUGAAGAAAGUGUACCUGAGUGCUGUAAAUGCAGCAGGCAGAUCCUCCCCCACUGAAGUUCGGAUAUCCAAACCUACAGAUCGUGCUGCGAUAUCAGACAUCACAGCCAUUCCUCAUGGUGACAGAUCACUACUGGUCCAGUGGAGAAGUGUACCUACUUCUGAUCUUGCUGGUUUUGUGGUGGAAUGGAAACCUUUGUUGAAGCCAGGGCUCUCUCACAUCCAGUUUGAAAUUGCCGACAAGAACCAGUCUAGCCUUGUUAUUACAGGCAGCUUUGAGCCCUACAAGCCCUAUGGGAUCUCUGUAUAUCCUAGGUUUAAGGACGGGAUAGGCCUUCCUCAGACUGCUAAUGCCUACUUGAGACAAAAGGCUCCAUCCAUGGUUCCAAAAUUACAAAUUAAAAGGACUUGGAAUUCACACGUUGAGCUUACUUGGGAAGAAAUACCAUUAGACUGGAGGAAUGGCUUUAUCCAGAAGUACAAAAUCUUCUACUGGAAUGAAAAGGGACCCAUCAACAUUGUGGACGCUGGUCCAGAGGAGAGGAUGGUGAUCCUUGAACAUAUCAACACUGUGUCUCUGUAUGAAGCGUUCAUGAUGGUCAGUACAUCUGGCGGGAGCCUCAACGGGUCGACGAUUCAUUUCCAAAUGGAGCCAUUCGAUACAGUUGCUGUUGUGAUGAUUGUAAUUGCAACUGGUGUGGGACUGUCGUUGUUCAUCAUUUUCAUAGUCCUGACUUGUUUCUCCAAACACAAAAGGUUAAAGGGCCGUUUCUGGCCAGCUGUUCCAGACCCAGCUAACAGCAGCAUUAAAAGAUGGUCAUCGGAGUCAACGGAGGAUACUUAUCCUUCCUGGGACAAAGAGGAUCCAAUAUACUUGUCCCACCUCAGCUUCCUGGACCUCCCCAUGAAGCCAAGCAAAGAAGAGGACGAUCUUUGGUUGAACAGUGCAGAGGACACCAGUGACCUGGGAGAGUCCAUUUGUGGUUCACCGUUCAUCCCCGGAUACUCUGGUUCAAACAGCGACUCUGUUCCUUAUGCUACCGUGAUAUUUUCUAGUCCGUGCAACAGUCCACCUCCCACACAGCCUCCUGUCUACCUGCGCUCUGAAUCCACACAACCCCUCCUGGAGGCAGAAGAGUCCUUCAGUCCAAAGUGCUACCAGAAUGUGGGGUCUGAUGGGAUGCCAAGGGAGCAGUGUUUUUUUGGGCCAUGCCAUGAUUGUGUACCCAAAGAUGGGCCAGAUCCAGUCAUUGUUUGGGAUGACUUUCCUUUUCUACAAGCAUUAGCCAUGAAUGAGCCUCAAAAUGACUAAAAGUGCUUUACAGAUUUUGCUAAAUGUUUAUGUAUUUCUGAGCUUGUUGAUCCAGCAUAGAAUACAGCUGUAAAUGCAAGCUAUAAAUAAUGCUAAAAUCACUUUGAUAAUGAUUUUUGAUGCAUGUACCUCUCUUUGUAAAUACAUCACAUCUUUCAAAAAUAAACUUUUUACAGAAGACAAUAUAUUGAUGAAAUCAUGUUAUUGUGGGUUAUAUGUGGAUACUUUUUCAUAUAUUAAAUAUAUAUAUUAAAAAAAAACUAUAAAGACAGAAAAA